UCCCAGACCGCCCCCCCCUCCAGUUCCUGCAGCUCCUCCAUCUACAGAGCGGAGCUGGACGCACCAGCCAGAAUGUGGAGAGCGGUGCCACUCCAACUCUUUCUCCUCUUAUUCUGCUGGUUGUGCCAAUCACAAGGAUGUGAACUGGGGCAGUUCCGCUGCGGGACGGGCCGAUGCAUCCCAUGGGAUUGGCACUGCGAUGGGACUUCAGACUGCACGGAUGACUCUGAUGAACAAGAAUGCCCUCAGAUAACUUGCGAUGACAGUCACUUCCAGUGUUUGAGUGACGGCGAGUGUAUCCCCGGUGUGUGGGUGUGCGAUGAUGAAGAGGACUGUGAAGAUGGGUCGGACGAGAGACUAAACUGUCCUGGGAGAACCUGCUCCAGUGGACAGUUCAGCUGUAGCAACGGGCCGUGCGUUCCGACCGAGUACCGAUGCGACCACCUAUCUGACUGCACCGACGGCUCUGAUGAGAGAAACUGCGAUUACCCAGAGUGCACAGAGCUUCGAUGUGCUAAUGGUGCCUGCUACAACCGGACGCAAAGAUGCGAUCACAUACUUGACUGUCGAGAUGGCUCGGAUGAGGCAAAUUGCACACAGCACUGCAGUGGAGGCCUGUAUCCAUGUCAUAACGGGAUGUGCAUUCCUCAACGUUAUAUCUGCGACCACGACGACGACUGUGGGGAUCGAAGUGACGAACUCAAUUGCACAUAUCCUUCAUGCAGGGGCAAUUACUUUACCUGCCCCAGCGGUCGCUGUAUUCAUCAAGUGUGGCUUUGCGAUGGAGAAGAUGAUUGUGAAGACAAUGCCGAUGAAAAAGGCUGCGAACAUGCAGUGCACGAGUGUUACCCAGGAGAGUGGCCAUGUCCAUCUACUGGUGUGUGCAUCUCCAUGAAUCAGCUAUGUGACGGGACGCCUCACUGCUCUGAAGGAGAGGACGAAAGCAACACCACUACUGGACGCAACUGCAGUGUCUGGAGAUGUUCUUCUCUGAGUUGUGAGCAUCGCUGUCAUCCUUCUCCGGAUGGAGGAACUUGUUCCUGUCCUUCCGGCUACACCGUCAGCAGCAAUGACAGUCGCUCGUGUAUAGACUUUGACGACUGCUCAAUGUGGGGCGCGUGCGACCAGCUCUGCGAGGACCGCGUUGGUUCUCAUCGCUGCAGCUGCAGAGAGGGCUACAUCCUGGAACAGCACAGACACUGUCGAGCCGACACCUCGUCCGGAGUCCCUUCCUUGGUGUUUUCCAAUGGCAGAGACCUACUAAUAGGUAACAUCCAUGGCAACAGUCUUCGCACUUUGGUACAAUCGCAGAACAGAGGAGUCGCAGCGGGAGUGGACUUUCAUUUUGAGCGCCGUACGAUCUUCUGGACUGACACCAUUCAGAAUAAGGUGUUUUCUGUGAACAUGGACGGGUCCAAUUUGCAGGUGGUUUUAAAUGUAUCAGUUGACUACCCCGAGAACCUGGCUGUGGAUUGGGUGAACAAUAAACUAUAUGUGGUGGAGGCCAGUGUCAACAGGAUCGACAUGGUGGACCUGGAUGGAAGUAACCGGGUCACGCUCAUCACCGAGAACUUGGGUAACCCUAGAGGACUGGCGGUGGACCCCACUGUCGGCUAUAUGUUCUUCUCUGAUUGGGAAGCUAUCAACGGACAACCUGGUCUUGAACGAGCCUACAUGGAUGGAAGCAACCGUUACGGGAUCAUCAAGAGUAAACUCGGCUGGCCAGCUGGCAUCACGCUCGACAUCGAGGCCAAGCGCAUUUACUGGGUCGACAGUCGCUAUGACUACAUCGAAACGGCAACCUACGAUGGUCUUCAUCGAAAAACUGUCGUCCACGGAGGUGCUGUGGUACCGCACCCGUUUGGGAUCAGCCUAUUUGAGCAAUACGUGUAUUUUACCGACUGGACAAAAAUGGCAGUCAUUAAAGCCAACAAGUUCACAGACACAAGCCCUCAGGUGGUCUACGCUACAUCCCAGACGCCACAUGGAGUGGCAGUCAUACAUCAUCUCAAACAGCCAAACGUGGCGAAUCCUUGCAGGACAAACAACGGCGGGUGUGAUCAAAUCUGCGUUUUGAGUCACAGGAGCGACAACGGAGGCUUAGGCUACCGAUGCAAGUGUCGCAUAGGCUUCGAUUUACACACCGAUGGCAAGAAAUGUCAGGCCGUGAGGCAGUUUCUGCUUUUCAGCAGUCAGAUGGCCGUGCGAGGGAUACCGUUCAAUCUCUCCUCUCAGGAAGAUAUCAUCCUUCCCAUCACCGGAUUACCAUCCUACUUUGUCGGCGUGGACUUCAGUGCCGAGGAUGACGCUAUCUUCUUCUCAGACACGGCUAAAGAUAUGAUCUACAAACAGAAAGUGGAUGGGACCGGCAGGGAGGUUCUGGCUGCCAACAGAGUGGACAGCGUGGAGGACCUGGCUUACGACUGGAUUUCGAAAAAUCUCUACUGGACUGACCCGCGAUACAGGAGCAUAUCUGUCAUGAAGGUCACCGAUAAGUCCAGACGGGCUAUCAUACAGAACCUGAACAACCCCAGGGCAAUCGUAGUCCAUCCUCUUGUCGGAUAUAUUUUUUGGACCGACUGGUACCGGCCAGCAAAGAUUAUGAGAGCUUGGGGCGAUGGCUCACAUGCCCUGUCUAUUGUAAACACCACUCUUGGCUGGCCUAACGGUCUCGCUAUUGACUGGAGCGCGAUGCGUUUGUAUUGGGUCGAUGCCUUCUUUGACAAAAUUGAGCACAGCAAUUUUGAUGGACAUAACAGGCUUGCUCUGGACCGUGUCAGUCAGAUGUCCCAUCCCUUUGGCCUCACCAUCUUUGAAGGUUAUGCGUAUUUCACCGACUGGCGCCUGGGUAGAAUUGUCCGCGUCCGCAAGACCGACGGUGGAGAGAUGGUGGUUAUCCGAAGAGGGAUCAGCCACAUCAUGCAUGUCAAAUCUUUCAACUCCAACUCUCAGAUAGGUUCCAACCCGUGCAACCGGCCGGCAAAUCCAAAUGGGGACUGUAGCCACUUUUGCUUCCCGGCCCCGGACUCCCACAGGGUGUGUGGCUGUCCGUACGGCAUGAAGUUGUCCCCCAACCAGCAGACGUGUGUGGAGGACCCUUCCAGCGAGCCCCCAACGCUGCAGUGCGGCGCCAACUCCUUCUCCUGCGGCAACGGCAAAUGCGUCCCAAAGAACUACCGAUGCGACGGCGUUGACGACUGCCAUGACAACAGCGACGAGGCCCACUGUGGCGUCAACAACGUCACGUGCUCCCCCUCUGCGUUCACCUGCGCCAACCAGCGAUGCGUGGCGGCUGCGUGGCGCUGCGAUGGCCACAACGACUGUCUGGAUGGCAGCGACGAGUCCGAUUGCCCGACGCGUGUGGCCGGAACCUGCGCGGCCAAUCAGUUCACCUGUGCCAACCACCGUUGCGUCCCGCUCACCUGGCGCUGUGACACUGACAACGACUGCGGUGAUGGUUCAGAUGAAGCAGACUGCCAUCAGAGUAGCACAUGCCAUUCAGACCAAUUUCAGUGUCCAGACCAUCGCUGCAUAGCGCCCAGUUACGUCUGUGAUGGCGAUCGGGAUUGUGUGGAUGGAGCAGAUGAGCAAGGAUGCAUCUACAACUGUACUGUGAACGAGUUCAAGUGCUCCAGCGGUCACCAGUGCAUCAACUCCUUCUACCGAUGUGACGGAGUCUUUGACUGCACCGAUCGCUCAGAUGAGCAAAGCUGUCCGACAAGGCCUCCCGGGAUGUGCCAUCACGAAAGCGAGUUCCAGUGCCAGUCAGAUGGCAGCUGCGUCCCGUCCACAUGGGAGUGCGACGGUCACUCGGAUUGCGAGGACGGCAGCGACGAACACCACGCCUGCCCGCCUCGCACCUGCCCGUCCUUGCUCUUCCGCUGUGACAACGGCAACUGCGUGCUGCGCAGCUGGCUGUGCGACGGCGACAACGACUGCAGGGACAUGAGCGACGAGCGCGACUGCCCCGCCCCGCCUUUCCGGUGCCCGAGCUGGCAGUGGCAGUGCCCCGGCUACAGCAUGUGCAUCAACCUCACGGCGGUUUGCGACAACUCUCCCGACUGCCCUAACGAUGCAGACGAGUCUCCGCUCUGCAACGAGCCUUUGCCAGAUCAGGAGAGCUGCUCUGACAACAAUGCCGGAUGCACCCACGGCUGCAUCCAAGGGCCCUUCGGGGCCCAGUGCACGUGUCCUGUGGGCUAUCAACUCACUAAUGACUCCAAAACCUGUGAGGACAUAGACGAAUGUCAUCCUCCCGGCCUAUGUAGCCAACAUUGCUUUAACGAAAGAGGCUCUUUCCGCUGCCACUGCCACGACGGUUACACUCUCGAAGAGGACCAGCGAACCUGCAAGGCCUCAGAUUCCCGUCAAGCCUUCUUGUUGGUAGCCAGUCGAAAUCAUAUCGUGCAAGAUGACAUCACCGCUCGGCCCAACGUGGUGCACUCGCUGAUCCGGGACGGACGCAACAUCGUGGCCCUUGACUUCGACUCGGUCAAUGAGCGAGUGUACUGGUCCGACACAAGCCAGGACAGGAUCUGGAGCGCUCAUAAAAACGGCAGCGAUCGAACCGUGAUAUUUGACAGUGGGGUGACUGUGACAGAGAGCCUUGUUGUGGAUUGGGUGGGCAGGAACCUCUACUGGAGUGACUACGUUCUGGAGACAAUUGAGGUUUCCAGAUUAGAUGGUAGUCACCGGACCGUGUUGGUCAGCGAGAACAUCACCAACCCCAGAGGCCUGGUGCUGGACCCAAGAGACAGUGCCCACCUGAUGUUUUGGACGGACUGGGGGAGGAACCCCCGUAUUGAGCGGGCCAGCAUGGAUGGCAAACUGAGAACCGUUAUCAUAAGCAACAAACUGUACUGGCCCAACGGUCUUACCAUCGAUUAUCCCAACAAUUUGUUGUACUUUGCUGACGCCUAUUUGGAUUUCAUAGACUACUGCGAUUAUAAUGGCAAGAAUAGAAAACAAGUCCUGGCCAGUGACCUGGUUCUUCAACAUCCCCACGCAAUUACCAUUUUUGAGGAUUUUGUGUAUUGGACCGACAGAUACAUCAAUCGCGUGAUGCGAGCCCAUAAGUGGCAUGGGGAGAACCAGACAGUGAUGCUGUUCAACCUUCCUCAGCCCAUGGGUCUUGUGGCAGUGCACCCGGCCCGACAGCCGGCAGGUAGCAAUUACUGCUCCCAGAACACCUGCAGUCAUAUUUGCUUGCUGUCGGCCAUUGGACCACGGUUCUACUCAUGUGCGUGCCCCUCAGGGUGGGCCCUGGCAGCCGACCAAGUCACGUGUACCAAAAUUGAGGAUCCUUUCUUGGUGGUGGUGAGAGACAGCAUCAUUUACGGCAUUUCCUUGAAUCCAAACGACAUGAGCAAUGGAGCAAUGGUGCCCGUGGCUGGGCUUCAGAAUGGCUACGACGUAGACUUUGAUGACCGUGAACAGACUCUUUACUGGGUCGAGCACCCCGGUGAAAUCCACAGAGUCAAGUCAGACGGUACCAACAGGACAGAGUUUGCCCCCGCGGCUCUUUUAGGAUCUCCUGUGGGCCUGGCCCUGGACUGGAUCACAGAAAACCUCUACUACACCAAUCCGUCAACACAGUCGAUUGAGGUUUUGAAGCUGAGAGGGGAGUUCCAGUACAGAAAAACUCUCAUCACAAAUAACGGCUCACCAAAUGGUGCCGGUAGUCCUGUUGGCAUUGCUGUGGACCCGGCACGUGGCAAACUGUACUGGACCGAUCAAGGGACGGAGAGCGGCAUCCCCGCCAAGGUGGCAUCUGCAGACAUGGAUGGUUUGAACCCUGUCAUUCUGUUCACCAAUAACCUGGACCACAUUGAGUUCCUCAGUGUGGACAUUCAAGAGAACAAGCUGUACUGGGCUGUCACAAGCAGCGGCAUGAUUGAACGUGGAGAUCCAGAUGGGACCAACCGCAUCACCGUGGUGUCAGGUCUGGCUCACCCCUGCGGUGUGGCCGUCUAUCAGAACUUCCUUUACUUCACCGACCGUGACUUUGAGGUCAUAGAGCGCGUAGACAAGACAACAGGCUCCAACAGGGUUGUGCUACGGGAUAAUGUGUCUGGACUCAGAGUUCUGAAAGUUCAUUUCCGAGACUCCUCUGCAGGCACAACCAACGGCUGUACCAACAACACGAUUGCGUGCGAGCAUUUAUGCUUGCCUCGACCGCAGGGUCUCUUCACGUGUGCCUGCGCCACGGGCUUUCAACUCAACGCCGACAACGUGACCUGCGCCCCUUACGAGUCUUACGUUGUCAUCUCCACGCUGUCCGCUAUCAAAGGCUUCAGUCUCGAAGGGGUGGACCAUGCUGAAGCUAUGGUGCCAGUGGCAGGGCGAGGUCGUAAUGCUUUACAUGUGGACGUGCACAUGGCAUCUGGUUACAUCUACUGGUGUGACUUCAGCAGCACGGUUACAGCACAAAACGGGGUCAGAAGAAUCAAGACGGAUGGCUCGGGAUUACACAGCGUCGUGAGCAGUGGCAUAGGACGCAAUGGCAUACGAGGAAUAGCGGUGGACUGGGCCGCAGGAAACCUUUAUUUCACCAACGCCUUCCUGACGGAGACAUACGUUGAAGUUCUUCGCCUGAAUACUACUUUCCGAAGGGUACUGUUAAAAACCCAGACGGACAUGCCGCGCCACAUCGUGGUAGACCCUCGGAAUAGAUACUUAUUCUGGGCCGACUACGGCCAGAACCCCAAAAUCGAGCGAGCGCUUUUGGAUGCAAGCAACCGCACGAUUUUAGUAUCAUCUGGAAUCGUCACCCCACGAGGUCUCGCUCUGGACCAAGAAACUGGAUACGUCUACUGGGUUGAUGACUCUCUGGAUAUGAUUGCCCGAGUCAGCCCCCAAGGAGGGGAGACGGAGGUCGUGCGCUACGGCAGUCGCUACCCAACUCCUUACGGAAUCACCGUGUUUCAAGGGACUAUCAUUUGGGUGGACAGAAACCUCAAGAAGGUUUUCCAAGCAAGCAAGGAACCCGGCAGCGCUGAGCAACCUGCUGUCUUAAGAGACAACAUAAACAUGUUGAGAGAUGUUACUAUUUUUGACCGGCGCAUGCAGCCGUCCACAGCCCAAGAGCUUCGCAAUAACCCCUGUGUGGAGGCCAACGGAGGCUGCACCCACUUCUGCUUUGCCUUGCCAACCGCCGACUUUGGCAACGCAUCCAGGAAAUGCGCUUGUGCCUUUGGGAAUCUCGCGGGUGACGAUGAGAGCUGUGUGGUGUCAAAGGAUGAUUAUCUCAUCUACACCACGGAGAGCACGGUGCGCAGCCUACGUCUCGAUCCAGAAGACCACGCCGUGCCCUUCCCAGUGGUCAAUGUGCCACGUACUUCGGUGGCGCUGGAUUUUGACCUCACCGACCAAAGGGUCUACUUCACUCAGAGUUCGGGCGCAGGAGCUAGCAAGAUCAGCUACAUCAGUUUGUCUUCUCCCACUUCAACUCCAGUGGUGGUUGCUUCAGAUCUUGGGGCUCCUGACGGCAUCGCGUACGACUGGAUAAAUCGACGGAUUUACUACAGCGACUAUGCUAACCAAAGCAUCAGCUCAAUGUCUGUGAAUGGAUCUCAGAGGACGAUUAUCGCACACGUGUCCAGGCCCAGGGCCAUCAUGUUGGACCCCUGCCGGGGAUACAUGUAUUGGACGGACUGGGGAACCCAUGCGAAGAUCGAGCGUGCUACCUUAGGUGGGAAUUUCCGAAAGGAGAUCAUCAACAGCAGUCUGGUGUGGCCCAAUGGACUGAGCUUAGACUAUGAAGAGGAAAGGCUGUAUUGGGCUGACGCCAGCUUACAGAAAAUCGAGCGAUCUUCUCUAACCGGAGCAAAUCGGGAGGUCAUUGUCAGCACGGCCAUCUACCCGUUCGCCUUGGCGAUGUUUGACCAGUUCAUUUACUGGACUGACUGGAACACACGGAGCAUCUACCGGGCCAACAAACACGACGGCUCCGACCAGACGGUAAUGAUUCAGAACCUUCCGUCUCGGCCCAUGGACAUCCAUGUUUUGGCCAGCGGGAAGCAGCAGCAGUGUGUCAGUCCUUGCGAGCAGUUUAACGGAGGCUGCAGUCAUAUCUGCACACCAGGGCCCAAUGGAGCUGAGUGUCACUGUCCAUUAGAGGGGCACUGGUACCUGGCUGACAAUAAGCACUGCAUCCCUGAUAACAGGACUCGGUGCCAGCCGGGUCAGUUUACUUGUCUGAAUGGCCGCUGCAUUCGUGCCCAGUGGAAGUGUGACAAUGACAAUGAUUGCGGAGAUGGCAGCGAUGAGCUGGAGAGAGUCUGUGGAAUCAAGACUGAUUUCAACUAUGUAGUCCCUCAGUUCCUGUCAUCAUUCAUAGCCUUGUCAGCCUUCCACACAUGCGACUCCACCGUGUUCACGUGCGGCAACGGGCGAUGCGUGCCUUACCACUACCGCUGCGACCACUACGACGACUGCGGCGACAACAGCGACGAAGUGGGCUGUCUGUUCAGGCGCUGCGACCCCAGCGCAGAGUUCACCUGCAACAAUGGCCGAUGUAUUUCCAAGGAGCACGUUUGCAACGGCAUCAAUAACUGCUACGACAACGGCACCUCAGAUGAGCAAGAUUGCCCUGAGAGAACAUGCCAGCCGGAACACACCAAGUGUCAGUCGACCAACAUUUGCAUCCCGCGCUCGUACCUGUGCGACGGAGACGACGACUGCGGAGAUAUGAGCGACGAGAGUCCGACGCAUUGCGCUACAUCCACAUGUACCCAGAGCGAGUUCCGUUGCUCCAGCGGUCGUUGCAUCCCCGCCCACUGGUACUGUGACGGAGGGGCCGAUUGUGCCAACGGCUCUGAUGAACCCCUCUCCUGCACCACAUCAGCCAGGACGUGCAAUGCAGAUCAGUUCCGGUGCGAUGAUGGCAGAUGCAUCGCCACCUCCUGGAUUUGUGAUGGCGACAACGACUGUGGUGACAUGAGCGAUGAAGACCAGCGGCACAAUUGUGCCAACCGUGCCUGUUCCAGCGCAGAGUUCACUUGCGCCAACAACCAACCGCCUCAGCGCAAGUGCAUUCCUCAAGACUGGCUAUGUGAUGGAGACGCCGACUGCGCGGACGCGCUGGACGAGCAUCAGAAUUGUUCGCGGAGAUCCUGUGGAGUCAACGAGUUCACCUGCAGCAACGGCCUCUGCAUACGUAGCUCCUACAGGUGUGACAGGCGAAACGAUUGUGGUGACAGCAGCGACGAACAGGGCUGCGCCUACCAGCCGUGCCAGCAAAACCAAUUCACCUGCCAGAACGGCCGAUGCGUGUCGCAUGACUUUGUCUGCGACGGGGACAACGAUUGCGGAGACGAGUCCGACGAACUGGAGCACGUGUGCCACGCCCCUCCGCUCACUUGCCCCCCGGGAGAGUUCACGUGUGACAACGGACACUGUAUCCCCUUGAGCCAGGUGUGUAACCGGGACGACAACUGCUCCGACAACAGUGACGAGAAAGGAUGCGGUAUCAACGAGUGCACAGAUCCAUCGAUCCAUCGCUGCGACCACAAUUGUUCAAACACAGCCACCAGCUUCAUCUGCACAUGUCGCCCGGGCUACCGCCUCAUGUCCGACGGGACGACGUGCGACGAUGUCAACGAGUGCGUGGAGACGCCCAGCGUGUGCAGCCAAGUGUGCGAGAACACGGUGGGCUCGUACGUCUGCAAGUGCGCCCCGGGCUUCCUCCGAGAGCCGGACGGGCGCAGGUGUCGCCAAAACAGCAACAUCUCGCCUCACCUCAUCUUCAGCAACCGCUACUACCUCAGGAACCUGUCCACAGAUGGGCGGGCUUACUCGCUAAUCCUGCAGGGCCUGACCAGUGUUGUGGCCAUGGACUUUGACCGCGUGGACAAGCGCUUGUAUUGGAUCGACGUGAGCCGCAGGGUGAUUGAAAGGAUGUCCUACAAUGGCAGCAACAGAGAAGUGGUAGUCAACGGAAUUGUGCACGGCGAGGGCCUUGCCAUCGACUGGAUCGCCAGGAAGCUCUACUGGGUGGACAGUUUCAUGGAUUGCCUUUUAGUGUCAGAACUGGACGGACGAUUUGUGAAAAAACUGGCUGAGCACUGCGUCGAUGCUAAUAACACUUAUUGCUUUGAGAACCCCCGAGCCAUCGUGUUGCAUCCCAAACAAGGUUAUGUUUACUGGAGCGACUGGGGUGACAAAGCCUUCAUAGGCCGAGUUGGAAUGGACGGAACCAACAAAGUAGCGAUCAUCACCGCAAAGAUAGAGUGGCCCAAUGGGCUCACCAUAGACUACACCAAUGACAAGCUCUACUGGUCCGACGCACAUUUGAACUACAUCGAGUAUUCGGAUUUGGAUGGCCACCACAGACACACGGUGUACAACGGGAUUUUGCCUCAUCCCUUUGCCCUGACCGUGUUCGAGGACACCGUCUAUUGGACGGACUGGAACACACGAACGGUGGAAAAAGGAAACAAAUAUGACGGCUCUGGUCGCCAGGUUCUGGUCAACACCACACACAGACCGUUUGAUAUUCACGUGUGCCAUCCUUACAGGCAGCCCAUUGUAAACAAUCCUUGUGCGGUGAACAAUGGAGGUUGCACUCACCUGUGCCUCAUCCGUCACGGGGGGCGGGAACACACUUGCGAGUGUCCCGAUCACUUCCUGGCAAUGCAAAUCGGAGGAGUGACCAGAUGCCUUCCCAUGUGUACCAGCACCCAGUACAGAUGCGCCAACAAUGAACGUUGUAUUCCGAUCUGGUGGAAGUGUGACGGUCAGAAAGACUGCAGGGACGGCUCGGACGAACCCUCUACAUGCCCCUCGCGCCACUGCAGGCUGGGCCACUUUCAGUGCAACGACGGCAACUGCACCACUCCGCACUCGUUAUGCAACGGCAAGCGGGACUGCCACGACGGCUCCGACGAAGACGCCGUUUUGUGCGCGACACACCAAUGCGAACCUCACCAGUGGCAGUGCGCAAACAAGCAGUGUAUCCCUGAGUCGUGGCAGUGCGACGGCGAGGACGACUGCGGCGACCGCUCCGACGAAGACCCCUCCCACUGUUCCACCAGGACGUGCCGUCCCGGGCAGUUCAAAUGCCGCAAUGGACGCUGCAUCCCCCCAAAAUGGAAAUGUGACACCGACGAUGACUGCGGGGACAACUCGGACGAGCCUCUGGAGGAGUGCAUGGGGCCAGCGUACCGCUGUGACAACCACACCGAGUUUGACUGCAAGACCAACUACCGAUGUGUGCCGCUCUGGUCUGUCUGCAACGGCCACGACGACUGCAGAGACAACAGCGACGAGCAGGGCUGCGAGGAGGUGGCCUGCGACGCCAGCGGAGACUUUCAGUGCGGCAACCAUCGUUGCAUCCCGCUAAGGUGGCGCUGUGACGGCGAUGACGACUGCGGGGACAAUUCCGAUGAGCGCAGCUGUACACCACGCGCGUGCACCGAGAGCGAGUUUCGCUGCAACAAUCUGCACUGCAUUCCCGACCGUUGGGUCUGUGACCAUGACAACGACUGUGAAGACAACUCGGAUGAAAGAGACUGUGAGCUUCGGACAUGCCACCCUGGCUACUUCCAGUGCGGGAGCGGGCAUUGCAUCGCCGACCGCUUCAAAUGUGACGGCAACGCAGACUGCGUGGAUUACACGGACGAGUCGUCAUGCGCACCACGCUUCCCAAACGGCACCUACUGCCCCCACUUCCUGUUUGAGUGCAAGAACCACGUCUGCGUGCAGCCUCACUGGAAGUGCGACGGAGACGACGACUGCGGGGACAAUUCCGACGAGGAGCUUCACCUCUGCUUGACAGUCCAAUGUGAGACGCCGUUCCGUUUCCGUUGCGACAACAACCGUUGCAUCUACAGCCACGAGCUGUGCAACUCUGCGGACGACUGUGGCGACGGCUCGGAUGAGAGACGAGAAAACUGCCAAAGCCCCACUCACGGCCCUUGCGCUGACGAGGAGUACAAAUGCAGUAAUCGACAAUGCAUUCCUCUUCAGUACGCCUGCGAUGAUUAUGACGACUGCGGGGACCAGUCGGAUGAACUCGGCUGCCACCAGCAAAGCACUCAUUCUUGCAGUGCCCAAAUGUGUGAACACAACUGCACCGACUUGACGGACGGAGGCUUCUUGUGCUCCUGCAUGGCAGGUUACCGAGCCAGAAGCGACGAACGACACACCUGUGAAGAUAUCGACGAGUGUGAGGUGUACGGGAUUUGCCCCCAAGAGUGCAAGAACACAAAGGGAAGCUAUGAGUGUUUCUGCGCUGAGGGCUUUGUCUCCUUUAGCGAACCACAUGGGACCCAGUGUGCCGCCCAAGGAAACCCACCAGUGCUUCUCCUGCCGGAUAACGUCCGUAUCCGACGCUUCAAUCUUUCAUCUGAGCAGUAUUCCGACUAUGUGGACAAUGCUGAACACAUCCAAGCUCUGGACUACUUGUGGGAUCCAGAAAAACAAGGCCUAAGCAUCGUGUACUGGACAGUUGUGGGUCGAGGAUCCGAGUUCGGCUCCAUCAAACGUGCUUAUAUGACCACCUUCAAUGAUCACGGCAACAACCCAGUCAGAGACGUGGACCUCAAUCUGAAAUAUGUUGCUAAUCCCGACGGCAUCGCUGUCGACUGGGUUGGCGGGCACAUAUACUGGACUGACGCUGGCACCAAUCGUAUUGAAGUGGCCAAACUGGACGGGCGUUACAGGAAGUGGUUGGUCCACACUGACCUCGACCAGCCCGCUGCCAUCGUUGUCAAUCCAGCACUCGGAACAAUGUACUGGACCGACUGGGGUAGGAAACCCAAAAUCGAGUCGGCGUGGAUGGAUGGCCAAAGUAGGCAGGUGCUGGUCGCUGAAGAUUUGGGCUGGCCUACCGGGCUGGCUCUGGACUAUCUGAAUGCACACAGGAUCUACUGGUGUGACUCCAAAGAAAACAUCAUUGGGUCCAUGAAACCCGAUGGCACAGAUAGAAAGAUCAUCAUAUCGGGAGAUAUUGGGAAUCCAUACAGUUUGGACCUCUUUGAGGGCCACGUGUACUGGACAACAAAGGAGAAAGGGGAAGUGUGGAGGACAAAUAAAUUUGGAAAAGGAAACAAAGUCAAAGUGUUAACCAUCAACCCAUGGCUGACUCAGGUUCGCAUUUACCAGGAGCACCGGCACAACCACUCAGUGCCCAACCCUUGCAAGAAUGUGUGCAGUCACCUGUGCCUCCUCCGGCCCGGUGGUUACACGUGUGCCUGCCCCCAAGGUUCCUCAGCACUGGAUUUCGACUCGGGUGAAUGCGAUGCAGCCAUUGAGGCGCCUGUUGCGAUGCCUCUUGCAUGCAGAUGCAUGAAUGGUGGCACUUGCUACACCGACGAAGCGGGUCUGCCCAAGUGCAAAUGUCCUUACGGUUAUUUGGGCAGCUACUGCGAAAUGGGCAAGUCACGAAGCGCUCCAGCGGGAACAGCUGUGGCAGUUCUUCUCGCAGCCAUCAUCAUCAUUAUUACCGGCGCCUUGGCAGUCGGGGUCUUCCUCAACUACAAACGAACCGGAUCCUGCCUCCCCUCUCUGCCCAAACUGCCCAGCCUCAGCAGUCUGGUGAAGUCUAGCGACACAGGCAACGGAGUGACCUUCCGCUCGGGCGAUAACGUGGAUCUCGGACCCACGCGCAUCGGAGUGUCGUUCAUCGAUACCGCCUUGCAGAUGGAUGAUCGUUUUGCCGUGGAAGUGGCGAGGCAUCCCGUCACCUUUGAGAAUCCGUUAUAUGCCAACGCGGCCGCCAUGGCGGCGGACCCGGCUGUCAUUCACGCCUCGCAGGUGACUGUUAACGUGAGUGGCGAGAAAUUACAAAACAACUUUGCGAACCCGGUCUAUCACGCUGAGCAGAGCGCAGGCCUUGUUCACACCUCGUCUGUUGGGACCAAACCUGUUGAGGAGUCAACAUGGAGCCUAUUGAAGCGUCGACUGAAGCCCAGCAGCGCUUUUGAAACCCAGUCCUACUCCAAGAUGAAGGACGACAAGUCUGAAGGAAGCAGAGGAAGAGGAGGAGACGACGCCCCACCCCCCAAACCUCAGAGGAGGGACCAUCAUCAUCAUCACCAUCAUCAUCCGAGCGCCUUUUCACCGACCGAGGACAGUUUCAAAGACACGGCCACUCUGGUUAAAGAGGACAUUGACGUAUAACCGCACCCUCACUGACGAGGGAAAAUCACACUUUGCACAGAAUUUAUUUUUUUAUGCAGCCUGUGGGGGGAAAAAAACCAACUCAAAUUGUUAUAUUCUAAGAGAUAUUAAGUAUAGUGCUGCCUUGAGAUAUAAUGAGUGACCCAGAUACAUUUUUUCAGAUUUAUUUUCUGUCUUAAGAGAGUGGUCACGCAACGGAUUGUAUCUCGAGGCACGGCUGUACAUUUCGGAGAAGAAAGUCUAUGCCUUGUGACAUUACGUAUGCCAAUUCUCGUUUUUUUUCCUUUAUUCUGAUGUACGAUACGUAUAUCUUUGCACUGACGCUGCUGAUAAAGACGUAGAUGAAAUUUUGUUGUAUAUUUGUAAAUUUCAACGAGAAGAUUUUGAAAUAGCCCGUGUGGGUAGUUGUGCAUUUAUACGCGUCCAGGAGAGGAAACAAAGCUUGAUGAUUUUCUGCCUUUGCCAUAAGAUAAAUAUAUAAUCGAUACCGUAUAAUCCCUUCAGGGAAUGAAUUGCAGUCCAAACACGUGAGCAAUAUAAUGCCAUUUUCUGAAUCAAAACUUUUUUUUUUUUACUCUUAUGUGAUCCCUGACUUUGUGACUUUUAAUCACUGUGAUUAUGUCUUUUUAUAUCAGCACUGAUGAUGGGGAAUAACAGACCGAAUACUUGAACAUGCUUGUGCACGGAUGUUAAUUUAUGUGGAUGAGCCACGCAUGCCCUCAGAAUGCAGAUGAGUCAUUUUGUAUCCACCAUCUUAAAUGAUUACAAAUAAAACCUGCUUUUUCUGA